UCUACUUUUUCAUGCAGCGUCACUCCAUUAGUCCAUUUUAUGCUCGAGCUACUCCAACAGGAUCUUCUCCGAAUCUUUUUAAUGAGAUUUUAAGAAUUUGUGAAUUUUGUCUGUUUCUUGCAUAUAAUAUUGUUAGUUUUCGUCAAAUAUUAUUUGUAUUUAAUUUUAAAUAAAAAUAUUUAAAAAAAUUCUGACAGUACGAUGUAGAAUAAAUUGAAAUAAUUCACGAAUCCUUAAAUCCUCGUCAAGAAAUCCGGCGAUGAUCCGGUCCCAAGUUACUUUCAAUAGACUUCCAUCUUUGCCGCUGUGCGACGUCGUUUUUAGCCAAGACCCGUUUAACACACCCAACCGCCGCCGAAACAGAACCGAAACUCGAGUGUCAAUGGAGAAAGGCGGGUUAGACUUCGCCGGCCGAGAAUUUAAGAACGCGGAGGAGAUGUGGAGGGAGCAGCUCGGAGAAGACCACAGCAAGAAGACCGAGUGGUACCGCCAAGGCGUUGGCUACUGGGAAGGUGUGGAGGCGUCGACGAAUGGAGUUUUGGGAGGAUAUGCGCAGGUGAAUGAGCCUGACAUAAUGGGCAGUGAAGCUUUUCUUAAGCAGCUUCUUUCUGAGCGUUUUCCUGGUGCUACAAAUGGCCAACGCCACCUUGUUGUUCUUGAUUGUGGUUCUGGCAUUGGGAGAGUCUCCAAAAAUCUUCUCAUAAGAUACUUCAAUGAGGUUGAUCUACUUGAGCCUGUAUCACAUUUCUUGGAAACUGCUCGUGAAAGUUUGGCUCCUGAAAAUCAUAAGGUCUCUGAUAUGCACAAAGCUACUAAUUUUUUCUGCAUGCCUCUUCAGGAAUUCACACCAGACGCAGGGAGGUACAACAUUAUAUGGGUUCAAUGGUGUAUUGGGCAUCUGACAGAUGACGACUUCGUCUCAUUUAAACGGGCAAAGGUAGGAUUAAAACCUGGUGGUCUUUUUGUCCUAAAGGAAAAUAUUGUAAGAUCCGGAUUUGUGUUAGACACAGAAGACCGGAGUGUCACCAGGUCGGAUUUGUACUUUAGGGAGCUCUUUCGUCAGUGUGGACUUCAUCUUUACAUAUCAAAGGAUCAAAAGGGGUUGCCUGAGGAAUUAUUUGCUGUGAAAAUGUAUGCAUUAACUACUGAGUUGCCAAAGAAGGUCCAUCGGACAAGAUCUGAAGUGCAAGCCAAUAGACCCGGAGUCAUCAAGUGAGCAAUCCCAGCUUGAACUUACAUACACACACACACACACACUACUUUUUGACAUUGCAUUUUGGUCCUGACUUCCUGUAAUGGGCUACCCCUAAGUAAUGUGCAAGAACCAGUUUGUAUUCACCUGCAAGUUCUGUUCUUUGAUGGUCUUGAUGAUGCGUAUUCUUUGGUUACAUUUUCUA